GGGACUCUUGGACAGACGCACUGGGAUCGCUGGCUUUCUCCCAGCAAGGAGACCAGAAGCUCUUCUGGAUAUGCUGGAUAUUGAAGCCGAGGUACUGGAUGAGAAGUCUAAACCAGUUUUGGAUUUGAUCAUACCGCAUAUGGAGUUUGUUCCCAGAUUACUGAAAGAGACUUUCUGCUGCUUUAGAGGAAAAUGGGGAGAGUGCAACAAUGAAUAAGGACAUUCACUCCAGAAUUUUUGAAAACUACCUGUUGAAGAGCGACGCACUAAUAGAGUCUUGUAUUCACUUUGAGACUUUUUUUGAAUUGAAGUACAUCUGGAUCCAGCGGAAAUAUUAUUUUCUAGGUAAGAUCAGUGGCUUAUUUCAGCUGGAGACUACACUGGCUUAGAGAUGACUGGAGCCCUGCACACUGGACUCAUACUCUUCUCAUUUGUGGUGGUGUGUGAGAGUGAGCCAACACAUGCUGGGCCAGACAGAGUGGAGGAUUCACAUGGACAAUCCAGACUGGUCCAUCUAACUUCUCACUGGGCCUUCCAGCUGGUCAAUGACUCACUGGCCUUCUCCGGGGCUGACAGAUUCUGCAGAGGCCAGUUCAGCUCCCUUGCCACCGUGGAACAGUCAGAGGACCGGGAGGGAGCCUUGGAGCUGCUUCGGCGGACUGGACAUCGCUUGCCUAUCUGGGUCAGGGACCCAAACAAAGCAGCCUCCAAGCCAGUGGCCCUCUCCAAACAGUAUUUACAUUUCUUAGCUCUAAACUUCCCAAAGGACUCCCUUGAGGGCUUUGCUCGUGUCAACAUGUCCUUUCCAACCCUGUCGUCCGUCAGUGUGUGUGUUCGAGUUCAGUGGAACUCAGAGUGGAAUCAAGUGUCCACCAUCUUCUCCUACGCUGCACCUGUCUUUACCAAUGAGUUCCAGCUAAGAGGCCAAGUGGACAUGCAGGGACGCAUCCUCCUGGCGCUAAUCAUCCAUGGGAAGCACCUGCCGUAUAAGGCGUCCUUCCCCAACGACGGAGCUUGGCAUCACGUCUGUGUCACUUGGCGCCGGAGCAGCAGCCACUGGGCUAUCUAUGUGGAUGGGGACAUGAAGGACAUGGGCACAGGCACAGACACUUCCAGGGAUAUAUAUGGGGAUGGGAUUCUCAUUCUGGGUCAGGACCAAGAUUCAUUUGGAGGGAAUUUCACAGAGCCCUUUUUUGGAAAUAUCACUGACCUAAAUGUUUGGAAUAUGUCUCUGGAAACAAGGCAUGUCCGUGCCCUCAACGCAUGUUCAUCCAUGUCCCAGGAUGUGCUUUUCAGUUGGAAUCUUGACCACCUAAUCACGCACCCAGUGGUCAGAAAGGGGCAGGUCCUUCUCUUUUGCUCAGCAGUGCACCAGCAGAUGGAGCUGCAGGGCUGCAGGAUGCUCCAGGGCUGGGACGAUCCGCUGCCAGUGUUCGGCCUGACAGACUGCUCGGAUCCAUUGCCGUUCAUCUGCCGGAGCAGCACAGAGCGUUACCUGAAGAUGAAGCAGAUGAGUGAUUCUCAGAACUCCCAGCCCACAGCCUUCAUGAACUAUCUGAUGAAGCUUUCCAACAGAACCCAGGCGGUGCUGGGGCAGCAGCCAUCAGGUCUGGACAGCCUGGCCCAGGCGUCUGCCCUGCUGGACAUCUCUGUCCAGGCCCUGGAGGACACGCAGCAGGAAGGACUACAGCCAACAGACAUGGUGUCCCUCAUCCAGCUGCUGUCUCUGGCUGCUGACGCCCCCCCCACACAGCCACUCAGCGGGGCCACCAACCACAGCCAGGACACCAUCCUGGAGCUCAGCCAGCACUUCAUUAGUGUGGCCGACAGCAUCAUCAGCCAAGACAACGCCCUCAAGUGGGAGGCCAUCAAAGAGGUGGUGAACGGCCCAAUGGAUGUGGUCAAGAGUAUUGACCGGAUGGUGACCAGCCUGAGCCCUCGCUUGCUGGAGGAGACUGAUCGCCUGACCAUUCACAGACCCAACAUCAAACUGGAGAUGCAGCAGCAGAUGCUUCAGGAAGGAUCCAGAGGCUCAAGUUUCUGUGGGCCUGAGACAGGGAAACACACCAACCUAGACUGUAUUUCAGUCCCACAUCAGAAGAUACAAGAUCUCCGUAACAAUGGCUUCCAUAAGCUCACGUUGGUCAACACGUGGUACGGCUCUUUGCGGCCUUUCAAUCCAGAGGGGAACAUCACCAUGGUCCCUACUGUCACUGAUGGCAGCCAGAGGUAUUUGGGCACCGUCCUGGGCUCUUCUGUCAUGUCCACCACAGUGCUGGGAGACGACCAGCCGGUUAGCACAGCAGUUCGCUUCCAGCUCCAGCACAGAGUACAGAAUCCCACUGGUACUGUGUAUGAUCCAGUGUGUGCCUUCUGGGAUUUUGAUCUCACUCCCGAGGCCGGUGGGUGGUGGAAUACCAAAGGCUGUGAUGUAGUCUCCAAAGAAUAUGGAUACACUGUGUGCUACUGCAACCACACCACCAAUUUUGCAUUGCUGCUGCAGGUUUAUGAAGCCCAGAGGAGCCUGGAGAACGAAAAAGCUCUGCAAGUGCUGACGUUCAUCGGCUGUGGAGUAUCUCUGUGUGGCCUCCUCUUCACCUUCGUCCUCUUCAUCGCUGUGGGUGUCCCUAAAUCCGACCGUACCACCGUCCAUAAGAACCUGAUCGUGGCUUUGGGCCUGGCUGAGUUGCUGUUGAUGUGCAGUGAUUGGGCGUCUGCCAAUGAGGCAGCGUGCUUCGUGGUGACUGCACUACUCCACCUCUUCUUCAUGGCCUCCUUCUCCUGGAUGCUGGUGGAAGGCCUGCUGCUCUGGAGCAAAGUUGUGUCCGUCAACAUCAGCGAGGACCACAGGAUGAAGCUCUACUACAUCAUCGGCUGGGGACUACCUGUUCUAAUAGUUGGUGUAACAUUGGCAGUAUCAGUGGAUGAGUACAAGUCAGAUGAUCACUGCUGGCUCAAUGUGAAGACUGACACCAUAUGGGCCUUUGUGGGACCUGUUAUAUUUGUCUUAGCGGUCAACGCAGUUGUGCUGUUCCGGGUUGUCAUGGUGACCGUCUCCAGCGCUCGCCGCCGCGCUAAGAUGCUCAGUCCAAGCUCGGCAGCAAAGAUGCAGACCUUUGACCUCACCUGGGCUGUGACCCGUCCAGUUCUCAUCCUGCUGCCAGUGCUGGGUCUGACCUGGCUGUGUGGAGUGCUGGUCCAUCUGUCGGUAGUAGUCGCCUAUGUCUUCAUUGCUCUCAAUGCCACCCAGGGCCUUUACAUCUUCUUAGUGUAUGCUGUUUACAACAGUGAGGUGAGGAAUGCGAUAAAGAGGAUCAAGGAAAAGAGAAAGGCCUUAUCUUUCACGAACUGUUCCCAGCCAACCAGCUUCCUACCUUCCCAGAGGGUCCCGAUCACCUCCUGGGGCCGCAGUCCACUGACCGCCUCCAGCCCUGAGACCAGUGAGACUUCUGGACCGCCCAGCUCCACCUCCACGUCACUGGUCAUCAAGAACGAGAGCUUCAGAAAGGAAAGCCUUGUGAGUUUCUCUUUGAAACCAGCAUCAGGAAACCAAGUGGUCCAGCUGACUGGGUUCAAGCCAUCAGGUACAACUCCAACAACGCUUGAUACUGGUCUUGAAUCAUUCAAGAGUUGUUAUAAGUUAAAAAUGUAAAUAUGUUGAAUGUUAUUGAGCCCACAUAGAGAAAGUAAAGUGUCACAGCAUCACAAGAACAAGAACAGAUUUUCCAAAGCUGUGAAAUAUAGGCAGGAAACCUUUGCUCCCUUGUCAAAUACCAGAUUUUAUGAGAAAAGAAAUCAUCACUUUAGCAAUUUUUUAAAUAGGAAACACUCCCAGUGAAAAAUGUCAAUCAGUAUUUUCCAAAGCCUGAGAUGACGUCCUGAAAUGUCUUGUUUUGUCCACAAUUUAAAGAUAUUCCGUUUACAUUCAAGAACCUGGAAUUGUAUCAUAGUUGGCAACUAAUCAAUUUCAAGAUUUCAAGAGUCAAGAUUCCCUUUAAUUGUCAUUCAGCAAAACCCAGAAAUGUAAAGCAUGAACGAUUAAUCUUUGCAGCUCUACAUUUGCUCUUAAUUUUCACAUUCUCUGUCGUGAAUUAAUUUUAAAAGGCACUGAGUGUUUGAAGAAAGCAUCAUCUAAUAAUGACUUGAAUCUAAAUGAUUGACGACUGAAAGAGCAAACCUUUUAUUUUAUUUUUUUCUAGGUUGUCUCCAUUUACCUGCACAGUGUACACAGCAUUAGGCCUGUGUGAAAACUGCCCCCGGUGUCUUUUGUUUAUUUGAAUGUGCAGGCGAACACAACAGAUGGUCCCUAUUUUUUUCCCAGAGGGUCAAGUCACUGUCAAUGUCUCUAAAUUGCCUGGCAGUAGGGGAAAAAGGAAGUUUUUUAGAUUCAUUAAAUGUUUAGCCGUCUGUGAGGAGCGCCUGAUGGAUGGUGUUUGAGUGCUGUUGGGUGUUCAUUGUUGACGGACGAGACAAAAGGAGAAGUUCAUUCCCUUAAUCAGGGACGGACAGGGGCUGGCUAUUCACGCUGUUAGCCAUUAAACCACUCCAACACCUGCUCUCUCUCACUCUGCCUUUCAUUUCCCUCCUUUUCUUGCUUUAUCUUUUGUACACAAACACACUCGCACUCCUGUAAUGCGAAAACAUUAAACAUCAGAUUGAGCCGGG